CCCCAUCGCCUGUCCUUUUUUCCUUUUUUUCCCCCCGCAGACGGUUUUUCGUAUCUGCGCCUCUUCCUCUUCCCUCCCCUCACCGCGCUUCGCGCAGUGGAAGGGUCGUCGCGCGGCUUCCGCCCCCAUAUUCCGUACACACCGCGCACGAUUGCUUGCAGCAGGCGGGGUACCCUGCGUUUUUCCCCCUCCACUCUCCGUCUCUCCCCUCGUAGUGGCGCCAUACCUGUGUCCCGACCUACUUUGCCCCGUCCUCUUCCUCUCGUGUGCAUAUCUCUCUCCCUCUCUCGCUCUUCCCACUUUUCCAUCUCUCCUUGCCUUGACGUCUCUCUCUCUCAACCCUCUCACACUUUUUGCACACACACACACAGAGAGAGAGAGAGAGAGAGAGAGAGAGAGAGAGAGAGAGAGAGAGAGAGAGAGAGAGAGAGAGCGAAGAUGAAUGACGCGGAGGUGAGUCGGCAGGUCCAGCAGAUGGUGCAAUUCAUUCGGCAAGAGGCCGAAGAGAAGGCAAACGAGAUAAUGCUGGCAUCGGAGGAGGAGUUCAAUAUCGAGAAGCUGCAAUUAGUGGAGGCAGAGAAGCAGAAGAUCAGGAAGGAAUUUGAGAGGAAGGAGAAACAAGUGGAGACGAGGAAGAAGAUAGAGUACUCCACUCAACUCAAUGUGUCGCGUCUUAAACUGCUUCAAGCGCAGGAUGACAUCGUUCGCGCCAUGAAGUCCAGGGCUGAGAGGCAAUUGACUUCAAUCAGCGACGACCCUGACGUGUAUCAGCAAUUGCUCAAGGGUUUGAUCGUCCAAGGUUUGGUGCGUCUGCGGGAGCCGGCAGUGCGACUUCGUUGUAGGGAGAUUGAUCUCCCUCUGGUGGAAGAGGUUGUCCAGCCAGCGAUUGAUGAUUACGUUGCCAUCAGUGGAGUGCCCGUGCCGCCCGACGUGUUUGUCGACCAAGAGAUCUUCCUCCCUCCCCCUCCCACCGGCAGCGACGAUGAUACCGUUUAUUGCUCUGGAGGCGUCUUGAUGGGUUCCAAAGACUGGCGUAUUGUCUGUUCCAACACCCUCGACGCUCGGCUCGACAUCGCCUUCAAACAGAAUCUACCUGAGGUCCGCAAAAAGCUGUUUGGAACUUCGCUUUACGCAGGGGCGUAACGCGACGACGACAAUCUUAAUAUACUGGCUUUGAACAGGGGGGAUUAAAUCGUUUGCGCGAUUGCUUUCCUCACUCUUUUCUUUUCUCUUCGUCGGAUCCUGACGCUUUAUUGCGAUGAUGAUGUGAUUUGGGUCGUCUUCUUCGUCGUUUUCUUCCCCCCCCCUUUCUCUUCUUCCUCCUCUCUCUUGUUUCUCAUCCUCUUCCUCUUUCUCAUCGUUCUCCUCCUUCUGCUCUUUCUCUUCUUUCUCCUCGUUCUUGGUUGUCUCUCUUCUUCCUCGUUACACAGGGGGUGUGAAGAUGAAUGGCGUUAAUACAGUAUGAUAUACCUUGUGGUUGUGUUCUUCGUGAUUACCUUGGUGCCCUAGUCGACGUCCACGUCCUCUUCUUGCUUCUCGAUCUUGACUUUCACUUCCUCUUUUGUUUUUUUUAUCUUCUCCCUCCCUCUGCCCUACUCUUACAUUGAGAGAAUUCGUGUGUGGGAAACGCUCAGAGAGUGGCUGGAUGCUCAUAAGGAUGGGUUUUGCCGGUGGGCGCGUAGGUUUAGAGUAGUAUAUUGUUUCUAUGAUUUGCACAAUGUGUUUGUCCUCCACCUCCUUCUCCCCCCUUCUAUUCUCCUCCUCCUCCUCCUCUUCUACCCCCCCGCCCCCCCGCCCCCAUCCUCCCCAACCCCCAUACUCUCCCACCCUCAUCCUCGUCCUCCUCCCAUUCUCUCCUCUCCUUAUUACUGCUGGAUGGAUGCUGGCGUCGGCCUCGACCUCGACUCCGUCAAGGACUGUAGUCGAAAUUUGAAGUGGAGAGGUGUUUGAUGUUAAGAAUUUGUGAAAACGAGUUGAGUUCCAAGGAGACAGUUUUAUCAUUUUCGAUGAUGCCAUUGUCCUCCGUUUCUCCUCCUUUUUUCUCCUUUUUUCUCCUCCUUUCUCCUCCUUUUUCUCCUUCGUUUCCUUCUCCUUUACCUCGUUUUUCCUUCUCUCGUCAUCCUCCUCCUCCUGCUGGUGCUCUCAGCUUCCUCUCCUCCUCUCCCCCUCCCUUCUUCUCGCGCUCCUCCAUUCCCUCCUCUAUUGCCUCCGUUUCCCCAGUUUUCUCUGGUCUUCCUCCUCCCUAGUCUCCUGUCCAUUCGGCCUCCUCUCGUCCUCCUCUCAUCUUCCUUUCCAUCUUGCAUCCUUGCCUACUUGCUCAUCCUACUCUCCUCUCCUUUCCUGCUGUCCUCCUCUUCUCCUCCUCCUCCUCUGGUCCUCUAAUCUGCCUCGUUGUCCUCCUUUGUCCUUCCUCUGUCAUCCUCUUUUAGUGCCCGUGUCGCUCUCCGGAUCUGUCUUCGUUCCCCUCUCGCUCUUCUUUGGUCUUGCUUCGUUUUUUCUUCAGACCAUAACGCGCGCCAGAGCGGAAUCACAGCGCGGGAACACGGAGUGAACUGCCCUCUCGUUCUUCGAAACGUGCUGUGAGUUUCUCCCCUUCAUGAUGGCCCCUUGAGUUGAUGUCAUCCCUCUCGUUCUUCAAAAUGUGCUGUGAGGUUCUCCGCUUCAUGACGGUCUUCGAGUCCACGUCAUCACGGUCCCUCUCUAUAUAGUCCACAUGUUCGUGCUGCUUAUAAUCCACGCGUCCGUGUUGUCUACAAUCUACGCGUCCUUGCUGCCAAUAGUCCACGUGUCCGUGCUGCGUGUUGUCGACGUUUCCCGGCCAUUAGUCCACGUGUCCGGGCUCUUAAUAGUCCACGUGUCAGUGCUACGUACAGUCCACGUGUCCGAUUGCUUUGAGGAUGCGGACUUAUUUAUUGCGCGCCAAACCGAGCGGGCUCUUAAUAGUCCACGUGUCAGUGCUACGUACAGUCCACGUGUCCGAUUGCUUUGAGGAUGCGGACUUAUUUAUUGCGCGCCAAACCGAGCGGUGCGUGCUUAUUGCGCGCCAAACCGAGCGGAUUCGUCCAGAUUGCGCGGGAAGCCGAGCAGCUCGUGCAUAAUGCCUCAAGGCGAGCGAUUCGUACUUGCUGCGCGCCAAGGCGAGCGGUUCGUACUCGUUGCGCGCCAAGCGGAAUCGUCGGUCGCCCUCACGUUUAGAGACCUAUUCCGCGCCAAGCCGAGUGAUUCGUACUCGUUGCGCGCCAAGCCGAGCGAUUCGUACUCUUUGCGCGCCAAGCCGAGUGGCUCGUACUCAUUGCGCGCCAAGCCGAGCGGUUCGAACUCGUUGCGCGCCAAGGCCAGCGGUUUGUACUUGUUGCGCGCCAAGCCGAGCGGUUCGUACUCAUUGCGCGCAAAGCCGAAUCAUUGAUCGCCCUCCCUUUAGACCUAUUGCGCGCCAAGCGGAAUUUGUCCCGAGAUUCCUUUGGUAGGGGGGGCUGUUCGGCAUAAAGCGGUCCCGAUGUCCAUCGGCUCCACACUUGUUGCGCGCCAAGCCGAAGCUUCUCGGAGAAUUCCUUGGUUGUUUCUCUCUCUCUCGAUUUCUCGCCUAAUCUCUCUCUCUCUCUCUCGUGCGUGCUUACUGCGCGCCAAGCGGUCAUUUGUUUUCUGGAGUCCUCUUCGUACAGAUUGCUCGCUGAAAAGGUUUUCGGUGAGAGAAAGGUCCAGGGAGGUGUGUGGUGUGCCAGAUUACAGAGACUCUCCGUCGACGGCGGCCUCUUCUGUUCCUCGUGUCAUAAUCCUAUCGCCUACUCCUUGGCGGAGAGGGACUCGAACCCCCGGUAUUUGGUAUUUGCGUUCGCAUUGCAAAGCGAAUGAGAGGAAUUUAUUGGCCCUAUUUGUGCAAAGACUCUUUGCCCUCGUGGGACUUGUGGGACUGGUUUGCGAAAAGAGAGAGAGAGAGAGAGAGAGAGAGAGAGAGAGAGAGAGAGAGAGAGAGAGAGAGAGAGAGAGAGAGGGAGAGAGAAUUGAGGGAUUCUGAAGUAGGAGAAUGCAUGUGUGGUUGUGCGUGAUUUUGUGGGUGAGAAAAGCAGAAAGAGGAAAAGAUUUGCGAUUGUGUGUGCGUGCGUGUGUGUGUGUGUGUGUGCGUGUGUGUGUGUGUGUGUGAGAGAGAGAGAAAGAGAGAGAGAGAGAGAGAGAGAGAGAGAGAGAGAGAGGAUGGACGGAGUGAAAACUUGAAGAGGAGAAUGUGUUGGCGUGCGUGAGAGGAAAGGGUGUGUGCGUGUUUGUGUGCGUGUGUGUGUGUGUGUGUGUGUGUGUGAGAGAGAGAGAGAGAGAGAGAGAGAGAGAGAGAGAGAGAGAGAGAGAGAGAGAGGUGGGAAUUGUUUGAAUCAUGAGUACUCCGUCGAUGUGAUUACGACUGGGGGGCUCCGCGUCGUAUCUCGUUUGCGUCU